UGCUACGGUACGCCACUUGUGACCAAGGGGGAAAAGCGCGGACAUUGAGAAUACUGGGGAAAUUGUAGGAACAGGAUCAUAACUUAAUUGAUUGCUGGAACAGAGUCCAAUUUCCUCUUCUCAUGUAAAGGCACCAGGAGGUGUCUAACAUGGACAGAGAAUUAAGGUCAGGGAAGGAGAUUAAUGAGGACAAGGUGCCUCAUCAUGGGGACACAGGAAGUGUCUCCACAGAGGAAAUGGAGAGUGGAGGAAUUCCUUCCCCAGCGAAGAGGCCCAGGCCUGAUGAUGUCACAGCUGAAAGCACAGGAGAGAUUGAGGAGGAUACCGGCGGUGAGGUGGCUGAUGGGAAGGAGUCAGACCAGCCCCCUCGGGCUGAGGUGAACGUUACCCCGGAGACAGGUUAUGGCUGUACCUGUCCCAUCUGUGGCUUUGUGGCCAAAACUCCAACUGCCUUGAAGAUUCACUCCAAGAGGAAGCACACCGGUAGAGGAAAGACCAGGGGUGUGAGCUCAGCUGAGGUACUUGUUGAAAUAGAUGGCUCCACAACCAGAGCAACAGCACAGAGUUCAAAUUACAAGACAGGUGGAGACACUGAGGAGAAAGUGAGCAGCAGUGAGAGACAGCAGGAUGCCACAGAGAGUCAGAGCCAGGGCACAGAGGCAGGGGGUUCUGAGGGGGAGGUGACUACAAUAAUAGCCAAAGAGGAAAUUGCUGAGAAACAAGGGACAGGGAUAGAUAUUUUUGAUAGGAAGGUGACUACAAUAGCUACAGAGGAGAUAGCAGAGGAGGAGCAAGAAGAGACCCCCGGGAAGAAGAUAGUGGGUAAACGGGGCCCCAAGCCCAAGACUAUACAUGCUUGCAGCUACUGUGGUCACGAGUUUAGGGACAAGCCCAGCCUAGAUACACACAUCAAGAGACGUCACACCAAAGAGAUGAAUUACUUCUGUGAAUUCUGCUUGUACGCCUGUGUGGCAAAGUGCGACUACGAAAAGCACUGUCUUAGUAACAAGCACAACAAACGAGUCGCGGAAAGCAGGGAAUCCUCUGGCCUCUCGUCACCCAUGGACAAGAAGACAGCCGAACAGGCUCAAAUCUUUGCCUCCAGGACGACUCAGACCCGGGCGUCCAAGCGUGCGCUCGGUGCCAGGUUCCAGCUGCAAUGCGGGAGCUGCGAAUUCAGGGUCAGUAACUCGGCUUUGCUGGAGAGCCACGCUCGGCUAAAGCACCAUGGCGAGCAUCGCUUCCUCUGUAAUAUCUGCCACUACUACACCGCUACAUCUGAGUGGAUGGACACACAUGUGUCCUCGGAGAGCCACCAGCAUGUGGCUGAGGAGAAAAACACAGGGUCCUCCUUUGAGGAGUGCGUUGAGAAGGUGAGCGUAGAUUCGGUCAGUGACGACAUGCUGACAGAUGACGUGGCAGUAGGGGUCAUUGGACAUGAUGGAGAGCUGCACCCUGAUGUUAAUGAGGAAGCUGUUGAGGCUGCGAAAGCCGUGUUGGAGAACAUGGAGGAGCACAUGGACGAGAGAAGCCCUCCCAAGAGGAGGAGAGGCAGGCCAAAGGGGCCUGCUGCAACUACAUGUGAAUACUGUGGCCUUCUCGCUUCCAAUAGUACCAAUCUAAACGUCCAUAUUCGCCGUAAGCACAGCCGGCAGUACAGCUACACCUGCAGGCUUUGUUCUUACAACUGUGUGACGAAAGGUGACAUGGACCGACACUGUAUCACAAAGAAGCACCUUAAACGCAUGGAGGACGCUAGCAGUGAUGGCCAAGUGGACCUGGAUACAUCAGUGCAGGUUGUGAGUACAGAGUCAGGCUCUCAGGCCAGCGAGGGUGAGGCCAUACAUCACAACAGUGCAGUCAGAGCAGGGUCCAAAGGAGAGGAGGGGGCCACGGACGAAGCAGGGGAGCAGGACGACGACAAAGCACAAGUGAGCAGCCCGAAAAAGAGCAAGUACGACUUGGUCAACUCCUGCAGCCAUUGCAACUUCGUAGCUCAUUCGAUUCCCUCCCUCGACCUCCACGUGAAGAGGAGACACACCCGGGACUUUGAGUUUGUGUGCCUGGCGUGUAGCUACUACGCGGUCACGCGUCGAGAGAUGUCUCGCCACGCCUCCACGGACAAGCAUAAGCAGAAGAGUGAGGUCUACCUAGAGAACCUGGAAACCGUUGUGAUAAAAGACCUGGUACAGCCGGAGGAGGAGGCCAUGGAGCUGGGGAGCAGAGAUAACCCUGAUGCUGACAACAAUUCUCACACUGAGGAUCCCUCCCCCUCAGUGUCCCCUGACACAGACAUAGAGCAGCCCACUAACACAGACCAGCCAACAGACACAACUACAGACCAGCCUAACAUUAUAGACACAGACCAACCCACAGACACAGAUACAGACCAACCCACAGACACAGACCAGCCCAACAACACAGACCAGCCCCAUAUCAUCGAUACAGAGCAACCCACAGACACAGAUCAGCCCAACAACACAGACACAGACCAGCCCCCUAUCACCGAUACAGAGCAACCCACAGACACAGAUACAGACCAACCCCCAGACACAGACCAGCCCAACAACACAGACACAGACCAGCCCCCUAUCACCGAUACAGAGCAACCCACAGACACAGAUACAGACCAACCCCCAGACACAGACCAGCCCAACAACACAGACAAGGACCAGCCCCCUAUCACCGAUACAGAGCAACCCACAGACACAGCUACAGACCAGCCCACAGACACAGAGCAUAUUACCACUAACCCCACACAGACUUCUGACGUUUUGAGCAACGAGCAUGCAGCCCCAGUAGUGGAAGUUAGUGGCACUGUUGUUGAGGAAAACAUGGAGAUCCAGGUGGCUGAUGAGGCAUCCGAUGGUGGCUCGGAACAAACCAGCAACGAAGCUCCAUGUACGAUUGAGCCUCAGGAUGCACCAGCAGACAUCACCAUAACACCGCCUGAGGAAGGCCAGAAGGAAGGGGCCGAGCCCGAUGCGGAGCCAGAGCUAGUCUGUUCAGACGACGAUGUUGAGAUGGCUGAUGAGAAACCCGACAUCUCUUCCGCAGAGAAACAGCUCACCAGGGCGCUGCCGUUCGACGCUUGCAUCGUACCUCUCAAGUCCUUGACUGAAGCCGAGCUGGCUCUGCAUGAAGAACGCAUGGCUCACUCUGUUGAGGGCCACUCUGGCCUGGCUGUAAGUGGCCUGGCUGGGGCGGGCAGUUUUCUGAAGAUCAAAAGAACCAAACCUGUAGGGGCCUCAGGUCUGUCCAAGGGGUUAACUCCCAACCCCCGUAUCCGCUGCGAAGACUGCGGCUUCGUGGCGGACGGCAUGAGUGGCCUCAACGUGCACAUCUCCAUGAAGCACCCGACCAAGGAGAAGCACUUCCACUGCAUGCUGUGUGGCAAGUCCUUCUACACGGAGAGCAACCUGCACCAGCACCUGACCAGCGCCGCCCACCUGCGCAACGAGCAGGCCAGCAUCGAGGAGCUUCCGGAGGGCGGCGCCACCUUCAAGUGCGUCAAGUGCACAGACCCGUUCGAGACGGAGCAGGAGCUGUUCGUGCACAUCAAGGAGAAGCAUGAGGAGCUGCUGCGCGAGGUCAACAAGUACGUCCUGGAGGACACGGAGCAGAUCAACCGCGAGCGCGAGGAGAACCAGGGCAGCGUGUGCAAGCACUGCGGCAAGGUGUGCAAGAGCAGCAACUCCAUGGCCUUCCUGGCGCACGUCCGCACACACACAGGAUCGAAGCCGUUCAAGUGCAAAAUCUGCAACUUUGCCACCGCCCAGCUGGGUGACGCCAGGAACCACGUGAAGAGACAUCUGGGCAUGAGAGAAUACAAGUGCCACAUAUGCGGGUGGGCCUUUGUGAUGAAGAAGCACCUGAGCACUCACCUGUUGGGGAAACAUGGACUGGGCCAGCCCAAAGAGAGGAAGUUUGAGUGUGAUCUGUGCGACCGAUCGUUCAGUGAGAAGUGGGCUCUGAACAACCACAUGAAGCUGCAUACGGGAGACAAGCCCCAUAAGUGUGCCUGGCCCGCCUGCCACUACGCCUUCCUCACUCUGUCUGCCAUGAAAGACCACUACAGGACACACACAGGAGAGAAGUCCUUCCUGUGUGACCUCUGUGGUUUUGCGGGUGGCACGCGACACGCCCUCACCAAACAUCGCCGCCAACACACAGGAGAACGGCCCUUCAAGUGUCAGCUGUGCGGCUUCGCCUCCACCACCCAGUCCCACUUGACCCGCCACAAGCGCGUGCACACAGGGGAGAAGCCCUACCGAUGCCCCUGGUGCGACUACAGAUCCAACUGUGCGGAGAACAUCCGAAAGCACAUCCUGCACACGGGGAAGCACGAGGGAGUGAAGAUGUACAACUGCCCCAAGUGUGACUACGGCACCAACGGCCCCAUGGACUUCAGGAACCAUCUGAAGGAACAUCACCCUGACAUCGAGAACCCUGACCUGGCCUACCUGCACGCAGGUAUCGUGUCCAAGUCGUUCGAGUGUCGUCUAAAGGGCCAGGGGGCCACAUUCGUGGAGGCGGACACCGCGUUUGACGGGGCCUUCCCGGUGCGGAGCGUGGGCUCCAUGGAGGGGCUGGAGGGCCAGGGGGGUGUCCAGCAGGUGAUCAUCCUCCAGGGCUACGGCGGUGGGGAGAUGGCCUUCGACCAGGCCCUGGAAGAGUCAGCCGCUGCCACCUUGCGGGACCUGGCCAUGGCGGGUCAGGUGGCCGAGGUGCUCCACAUCACUGAGGAUGGCCAGGUCAUCUCCUCGGGGAGGGAGGUGUCUGCAGGCGGGGCCCAUCACCUGGCCGGAGGCACCACCCAGUACGUCCUGCUGGAGUCCGGCGGGUCUGUAGCCGGAGGCGGGGGUGGAGUUCACGGGGGAGGGGCGAUGCACCACCACAUGGAGUCGGAGUCAUCCACGGCUCUGGAUGCCCUUCUCAGCGCCGUCAGCGAGAUGGGCCAGCAGGAAGAGGACAGCCAAGAGGUCAUGACUCAGGAAGUGGUGUCAGAGGUCAUGGAGCGAGUAGUAGAGGAGGAGGAGAUGGAGGUGGAAGUGAAGACGGAGGAGGAGGUGUGCGAGGAGCACCAGGUGCAGGAUGAGCAGGUGGUCCAGGAGGUGCUGCAGUUUGCAGCCAGCCAGCUGAUGAUGAAGGAGGGGCUGACACAGGUAAUCAUCAACGAUGAGGGGACCCACUACAUCGUGACGGAGCUGGAUGACAACACCCUCCAGGUGGAGGGGACCAUGUACACCCAGCACCAGGGAGGGGAGGACGACCAGCAGAGCGAGGGAGUUUCAGAGGGCCAGGCUGGGGAGAGGAUGGUCUACUACCUGGAUGGAGCUCCACACAACGUGGUUCUGGAGAAGGUGGAAGUGGACUAGUCAGUGACUGUGGCCAGAAUUUCAAUUGGAUUUCCUUGAUUCCUCGCGUCCUCUCUCCUCGCCUCCUUCUCAAAACCUGUUGGAUAAGAAGUUAUAGGGGAGGGACCUUUGACCUUUUCAUCCAUUGGGUUUUGAUGAGGCGGCGAGGAGAGAGAAUGCAAGAAAUCAAGGAAAUGCAAUUGAGACUCUGCCUGUGUGAAGGCGGCAGGUAGCUUAGUGGUUAAGAGCGUUGUGCCAGUAACCAAAAGGUCGCUGGUUCUAAUCCCCGAGCCAUGGAAAUACAUAUGCUAUUUUCACAUGGUUAUAUUUUUUGAAGUGUGUUCAAUUGCAAAAAUGUCCAGCAGGAAAUGUUCCUGUUAUCUAGAAGGACUUACAAUCUUUAAGUUGCAUUGUUUGGUUUUAUUGAAAGUUGGAGAAUAAUAACAGCUUUAUUUUUCUUUUUGAUAUGGUUUUACUAAAAGGAAGAUUCCACCCUAAAACGAACUUUUGGUAUUUGUUUAAUUAGUCCAUUGUUGAUACAGUCCCACAAUGUUUUACAUGUCAGCAAUCCAUUUUUCAAGAUAUAUAACUUUCAAAAUACAGAAAUACAGCCAGUGUGAGGCAUUCUGAUACUAUAUCAACAAUGGACUAAUGAAACAAAUACCAAAAUAUAGUUUUUGGGUGGAGUUUUCCUUUAAGUAGUGAAUUAGUUUGCAAUUGUAAAUUAAAUAAUUAUUUUUUGUUAGUUUAUUUGAAAGGUACAUUAAUAGGUCAUGUUUUGAUAAGAGAGGCUAUUACACCUUGGACAUCGAAAAUAUCCAGGCUGCUGAUUGGUCUAAAUCCAGGGGCAGUCCACUGAUUGGCUUUUUCAUUCCUGCAAUUGCUCAAUAUGGUCAGGAUGCUGAUUGGUCUGAAUCCAGGGGCAGUCCACCUGUUUUUCAGGAUGUUCUUAAAAUGUCAUGGUGCUGACAUUGUUUUGCAUCAUUAAUAAGUUAUCUUAUAGUGAGUGUUCUUUGACUGACAGAUAGGACAAAUUAAUUGGAUUGUCGCAGAAACAUGUUUUGACAGAAUAGCAUGAAGAGAUGACACAACAUUUAGUGAGUUGCUGAUAAUCGUCAAUAAAAUAAAGUUGCUAAGUAUUUUUUUUCCUGCUCUCAGUUAAUGUAAAUAUGUUUCUGUAAAUGAAAUUGUAAUGAUACUUGCAUUUGAGUUAUGACAAUAAAGCUCAAUCUUCAUUUGGA